AUGGGUCCUGGAGGUCCAGGAGGAGGAGGCGGCGGUCCAGGCGGUGGAGGAGGUCCAGGUGGGGGUUGGGGUGGAGGAGGAGGAGGAGGUCCAGGUGGGGGUUGGGGUGGAGGAGGAGGAGGUCCAGGCGGGGGUUGGGGUGGACCUGGAGGUCCGGGAGGUCCAGGUGGAGGUUGGGGUGGACCUGGAGGCCCGGGAGGUCCAGGUGGUUGGGGUGGAGGUCCAGGACCUGGUUGGGGAGGAGGACCAGGACCUGGUUGGGGUUGGGGUCCUGGUGCCUUCUUCGGUGGCUUUGGGAACUUCAUGUAUUCUUGCUUCGACUUCUUAUGCUGUUGCUGCUUGUUUAGGGACUGCUUUGGUGGAGGACCAGGAGGGCCUGGUGGGCCUGGUCGUCCUUACUGAUUUGCAUCAUUUAUUCA